AUGAAAAAACGCUUGAGUGUCGAAAUUCCAGAAAUAAUUAGAGGAAAGAUUGUCUCACUCAGCGAAUUUUCAUUUAUUCAGCAAAUUUGUCAUGGGUCAUUUGAUUUAUGGUUAGCUAAAAGCAACUCAAAGGAAGAUUCAUAUUUUUAUGCCAAACAAGUUACUAGACAAACGAGUAAAAAAGAUACAGCAGAGUUAUUUGAACAAUUGUCAAGAAUUGCAGAGUUAAAACAUCCAUUUAUUUUAUCAUUUAUUGGUGUAACGCAAUCACCUCCAUUUACUGGAUUCACAGAAGCAGUUGGACGCAAUCUCCAAGAGAUGCUUGAAGAUCCAGCAUGCGAUUCAAUACUAACAGGAACAAAAACAACAAUUAUUGCAAUGUGUAUUGCUGAUGCAAUGGAGUUUAUUCAUAAAAAAGGUUAUUCAAUGCCGCACUUAAACACUGGCAGCAUUUUUAUUACAGAAGAUCUUACUCCACGCUUAAGUUUAAUCGAAGAUGGUUGUAUGGAGUUACCGAAUUGGACUCCGCCAGAAAUAUACAAAGGAAAGCCAAGAGAUGAAAAAUCAGAUGUAUUCCUCUUCGGCUUUCUUCUUUUCGAAUUGUUAACAGGAUAUAUUCCAUUUCAAGAAUUAUCAGCAGAAGAAACUCAGAGGGUCAUUUGCGUAUCAAAGAAGCGUCCACAAAUACCAUCUACGGCUCCAGAACCACUCAAACUCUUAAUAAAACACUGUUGGUCACCAAAAAAAAUUAAUCGACCAACUUUCGCAGAAAUUUACCAACUUUUCGAACUCGGAACUGUUGCAUUUCCGAAUUCAGACAUAGAAGCAAUCAGAAGUUUCAUAAAAGUUACAAAACACUUACAUAGAAAACAUAAUCAUGCAUCUUUACACGCUUUCGACCUCUACAACUCAGUAACAAGUACUAGAAGAAACACCCAUCAAUCUAAAGUGUCAACAGUUACUUCAACAAUGAAUGAUAAUUAUUCAUCAAUUUCCAAGAACGACAAUCCUGUUUUGCCUCCACCACCUCAACCUGCUGAGCCUAGUUUUCAACCCAAGAGUCGAUUUUCUUCAUCAACAUCAGUACAAAGUACUAAAAAUGACGAUCAAAAUUCCGAAAAAAGUGACAUAAGUGAUGUUGUGAAUGAAGAGCCGGCCAAAUCGACCAGAAAGAGCAAGAGAUCGAAUCAUUCACCAAAACCAGAACCAGAAAUCCAAGAAACAGUGAAAUCCACAAAAAGUUUAAAAAAUCAAGGCCGAAAAAAAGAAAAACCACCGGAAAGUGACGAAGAAUACGAAGAAGAAUCGAUGAGUGAUGAAGAAUCAUACGAAAUCGAGGAAGAAGAACAAAUUUCCGAAGAAGAUUUUUAUGAUGAAACUAAAUCUCAAAAUUCAGAGUCAGAAUCAGAACAAGAAGAGGAAGAAUACGAAGAAACAGUGGAUGAACAUGAAUACAGUGAAGAAGAAUCCGAAAGAAACAUAAAAGAAGACAAAAUUUCUUUGACUGUUAAUUCUUUUGGCGAUUAUUUAUCAGCAGAGUUCAAUGAAGCCCUUGUUCAUGUUGAAGAAAUAGUUCAUGCAGGAAAUGUACUUGAAUUCAUGAAGAAAAUGCCGCCUUUGAUGAAGAAAAUGGUUCCAAUCGAUAUCAAAAAUUCUGUUUUCGCUGCUUUGAGAAAAGUAAUGAAAACAAAGGAAGCAUUCGAUGCUUUCAAGGAAGCAAAUGUUCUUCCAAGUCUUCCAACAUCACAAAGAGAAAUGACUGAUGUUGUUAUCGAUUUUUUGGUUUUUGUUUUUUCGUAUUCAGUUGAAUUUGUCACUUUUGAGUUUUUAAGACAAAUUCCUCCACUUUUGAGGUCGAAUCCGAAGAAAUCUCUUGAGUUUGAAAGUAUUCUUACCAAGGAUUUAUCAAAACUCCCUGAAUCGGAUACAAUUCUCGACCAAAUUGUGAAAAAUUAUGAAUAUUUUGAAGAAAACGAAUGUUUUCCUGAUUAUAUUUGUUUGUUGUUUGUUCUUUGUCAAGAUGAUGAUUUCUUUGACAAGCAUGGCGACUUCUGUAUCGAAUAUUUCCAGAAAACAAUCAAAGAAUGCAAGAAUGUCGAUGCUGUCAAGAAAUGUUAUGAAACAUUAAUUAGUUUUUCACCAGAUGAUCCAAAUAUUGACUUGGAAAUAGUAGCAGAACAAUUGAACCAUCCUAUUCUUGAUAAGUUCGCAUUAGGUGCUUUGAUAAGGAUACCAAAUGUUACGUUAUCAAGACAAAUAGUUAAAUCAUUGUUGGAUAUUUCAACAAAAUAUGAAGAAGCGUCACUUUUUUUGAUGAAAAAAUGUGACAAAGAUGUUGUAUGUGCAAAACAUUGUUUCUUCGAUCAUUCAUGGCUAUUAAAUGAUAUGCCAACAUUCCAACAUACAUUAAGACUAUUUAUUGUUUUGUUCAAACACAAAGAUUUGAAGAAUUUAAUUGUAACUUUUUCGGAAGUUCCUCUUUUCUUCACGAAUGUUUUAAAUUAUAGAGAUGAAGAAAACUCGGAUGAAACUAUACCAAAAAGCAUUGGACAAUUGUUCAAUCAAUUACCUUUUUCAAGAUCUUGUCUCGAAUCAUUUGAAAGUGCUGGAUUUUUCACAGCUUUGUUCGAAAGAUUGGAAGAAACAAUGGAUGAAAGCGCCCAAGUCAUAUAUUUGAGAGUUAUGGGAAGAAUUGCAGAAUUUGGAUUUCUUCAAAUAUUUAAUCAGCAUAUAUCAAUCUACAAAGAAUUAAUGAAAGGUACGACACCAGUUGCAAAGGCUUGUUUUUCAACAAUGAACACUUUAACAAUGCAUACUCAGUGUUUGAAGGCUUUUAAGAUGGAAAAUAUCGAUUUAGAAGCUGAAAAAUACUUGAAAGGAAAGAUCGACCAAAGACCUUUGAUGACUUUCAUAACAAGGAUUUCAAAUGCUAGUAUUGCAUGA